AUAGUUGGGGGUAACUGUUGUACGUUGGGUAUAGAGAUAACGUGGUUAGGUACAGUACGUUCUGUUGGGAAGUGUAAUUAGACCUAAAUCCUUGAGCCUUGUCCUUUAGUUUGAGGAGGGGAUAUCGGGGGAGUUGACCAGGGAUUUUUGUCCAGGGGUGAUUGUGUUGGGGGGAAUUGUCUUUGUCGGGGGGCCGGCCGGUGGUAUUAUUUUCUGUGGUGGUCAACGACUCAACGUCAGUGGUGGUGGUUGAUGAAAGGCCGUGAAAGAAAGGUUGGUAUUCAUAACACCGGUUUAGCAGAGUCCGAGAUAUUUCUGGACAUUGGAUCAUGGAAUGUGACUCGCCAUGUGUUUAGACCACAAACCAACAGGAAACAGGAAGGAUAUCAUCAACAACAAUUUCCAGAGCCCUGAUUAUUCCGGCAGAACCCUCAUGUGAUCGUAUAAAAGAACCUUCAAAGAAUUCAUCAGUCUGUUGCCUAAGGUAUUACCAGCGCUGUGGUAAUAUUCCCGAGCAAUAUUGAACACGUGAGGACUUUCAAAAGUCUGUGAUAUUCUGGGUGUGCAAGUCUGCGGGGAUGUCCAUAAAUAGUUGCAUUGCUCGUCCUUUGUUUGAUGUUGCAGCUGCUUCAAACAAUUACAUUAUGCCGAGGGGGAGUGAGGAGAGAGAUCGGGAAGCCCGGGCUGCGGCUCAACUGAUAUACAGCAAUGCCCCUGAUUCCCCUCCUGUCGCUCGAUCACCUACGCAAGCCAAUGGCACUCAUCCACCGGUAACAGAGAAUCGGGCAUCAUCGCAAAAUAGCUGCUCCUCAGUACGCAGGAUGUUCUGCUUACUCGCGACCUUUGACCUGCUGUUGACGGCCGUGCUAUGGUUUCUUUACAUUCAGCUUAUUAGAAUAGCAGGCGGUGUGAAAGAUGGCUUCAAAUGUCAGAUAGUGAAGUACGACUUCCAGUACUCGCUCUUUGACAUCGUCAUCAUGGCGUUCAUCCGUUUCGUGGUUCUUCUUCUUGCCUAUGCCGUGUGCAAAGCCAAGCACUGGAUCUUCGCUGCAAUAACAACAGUAGCUACCAGUGGUUUGAUAGUGGCCAAGAUUUUCCUUUAUGAUUUUUCGGAUACCAAUGGAUUCCCAGAGGGUUGUGCACCUAACGGAACAUUUAAUGCCCUCAUGGCGAUUUUCAUGCUGCUUUGUAGUCUUCUCGUAGCCUGGCUUGAGCUAUGGGUCUUUGACUUCAAGGUUAUACCAAAGGAAAAACAAUUAUUAGAGGAUGCAUUGAUAACUCACCCUGCUCAGCCCGAUGAAAGGCGUCCUCUAUUAGAUCAAUAUGACGACAGAAGAUACGAUCUACCAGGAGGACAGGCCUUUUAUUCACCAUAUGAUUCACCACAAGGUUCAGACACCGAAUCUCUGACGAGUGAGCAAUCGAACUCCAGCUUCAAAUCGUCAAGGACGGCAGACUUUCAGUCCCUACCAAACAGCCAAAGAGGGAGUACCAUAGAUCUAGCGGGAUCGGUCAAUGAGCAGGAGUACAUCCAGAAGGCCAAGGAUGCGCUGGUCCAACUUCAAGGUAUCUUGGACAAUACUAAUAUAUGGAAGAAGGAGACCAGCGAAGACGACGCAGCAGUAUACUGUGGGACAUAUCCAGGGAUAACACAGAGAUUAUACAAGCUAGAUGCAAUUCUUCCAGUAUUACCAGAUGUAUUACGAGAAGUAAUAUGGGAAAAAUGUGAUGAGUCGGCAUCGUGGAAUUCAGCGUUACUAGAAGCUGAGAGGGUUCAAGAUAUCAACCCAUAUGUUGAUAUUCUAUACAGUGUAUCAGCUCCUGGUGGCAAAGGGGUAUUCAGUAGCAGGGAUUUUGUAACUUGUCGGUUGUGUGAGCAGCGAGGUGAUCGAUACGUGUCUAGCGCCAUCGGUGUCAAGCACCCAGACAAGCCACCGGUACCAGACCAUGUCAGGGGUGAGAUUGGGGUGAGCGGGUGGGUGAUAGAACCAGCGCACGACAGGCCGGGACACUGCAGAUAUAUCUGGAUUGUUAACUCAGAUAUAAAACUAAAGGUUUGGACACCACAGAAUAUCAUGGACCCUGUAAUGGGCGGGGUCAUCAUGAGUUCAUACCGCGAUCUUCUCAAACACCUGACCCAGGAACGAACUACGGCAUCGUCGUGACGACUGUGAAAACAUAACAUCAUUACCACCCAUAACACCAACCAAUGACCAAAUCAUAAGUCAGUACUCUUGAUCAAUGAAGUUCCUUAGUUGCUUUCAUCACUGAAUUGUUACCAGAACGUUUUGUUUAUGAAUCACAAGAUGAAGGAAUACUCAUUGAAGAUGAAGAGUGUGUGUUUCGUUGUUGAUUUUUUUGUGUAUGAUACUUUGAAUACUGAUUCUGUCAUCAAGGCAUCCUUCACAAAGCUGUCUGUAAAGUUAUGCACAACUUUACACACAACUGAAACAUGUUCUUAUAUGCUAAGUCAGAUACAUAGGGAUAUAUCAUUUAGCAGAAGAAAGGAUCACCAGUUAUGUGAAAUCAGUCCCGCCCAUAAGUGGUCACAAAUCAAUCACCAAUAUGAUUCCUUAUAUAUGUACAUUCCUAAUGGACGAUUUCAAGUUCAUUACUGACUGCUGUUGUUGGAAUUAGGCCAACUUUUCCUUUGGCUACAGCAUCAAAUUUACUUUCAGCUGAUGCUGUGACUGACGUCACUAUGUGUUGGGCUAUCAAUAAUGCACUUGGAAUGAUUUUUGUAAACCCACAUUCAGUCGUGGUGCUAGGUACGGCAACAGCAGCACUGAACUUGAAAUCACUCCCUAUAUUGCAAUUCAUGAAAUGUUGGGGCCUGAUGUAUGGAUUUAAACGCAAGAGGAAGUCCUUGUAUCCAUUUAACCAGAGCCCUAAAUGACCAACUUGGUUUCUGUUGGUCACAUGGCUCAUUCUUUGAUUGAAAUGCUUGCCCAACAUAGCAGUAUCUGCAGUGUUGUAUCCAACUUGACCGAUUGUCCAGACUUUGGUAUAAAGAGCACGAGGUGCUAAUUCAUAGAAGGCUAAAGGCAUAAUGAAAUUGGGAAGCAUGCUACAAUAUUCAGCAAAAACACAUGGUGCAAUUUCAACUGGUUGGAAUGCUUCAAUAUAAACCAUGGCCCUUCAUUAGCAGAUUUAUGCCUAGCGAUUGAGUCUUGGAACUCUUGUUGGAAUGCUCCCUAGGAAGUGGUGAAGGUGCAUACAUUGUAUGCGGGCAUGCAAGGAUCCGAUGACCAGGGUAAUAAUAUACCUGUAAAGCACUUAGAGACGUCGUUCUGAUGUGUUAAGCGCAAUAUAAAUGCGGAAUAUUAUUAUUUAUAAUUAUCAUUUAAUUGUGUGAAAUUUACUGUUGACAAUCUUUACCUCCAUUUUGCCUUUGCUCUCAAAUACUGGUUAAGGCUAUUUUUAAUUCCAGUCAUUUUCCAUGCUGGUGCAGCUGAGGUGUGAAGGCUUUGUGCCAGUAAUUGAAAUCAUGGCACGUUAUGAAAUGGAUUGCAAUAUGUAUACAAUGCAAACCUUCAUUAGUAGCAAAAAGUGUUGUUUUUAAAGUGUUUUUGUCAAUGCAUUUUCUUUUUAAUUUAGGGUCACAAGGUCAUAGGUCAUGGAGGUCAUAGCUCAUUAUACUUAUAGAUGAAUGAAAAUAAGUCUUUCUUCUUGCAUGUAUGAGAGUGAUGAUCUGAUAAUAUGAAGAAAGAUUUUUAAAAUUCAGAUUCAGCUAUGAUUAUGGCAUAUAUUUUGAUGGUGCCCAGUCGAGAAUCAACCAAGUGAUAUUUGACCAUGUAUAAUAAAUGACUUACGAAUGCAAGCUAAUCCAAGUGAAAUUGAAAUUCCUGUUAACUCUGUACUUAACAAUGUAGGAGCUGUCAAGUUUGUAUGAGAAUUUGAUGUUAGAUUCUCCAGAAAUGUGAAUACUAAAUUGCAGCUCCAAAGUGUCUCAGCAUAGAGGGUAAACUUAUGAGCCAUGUAGUUCAUGUACAUUCCUGAAUUAAAACAGAAUUUUGAGAAAUGAGAGUGAUAUGAAGGCAUUGCGUCCAGUGCGCUUUUCUGUACAAGACACCAAGAUCUUGGUUCAAUCCCGUAAAUAUCACACCAUUAUUUAUGGAGGUACAAUUACAACAAAAAAAAGAAUUAAGAAAAUGUUAAAAUCAAUUCUGAGAGUAUAACCAUGAGAAUAUUUCCUUUCCAACAUCUAUUUUUUUAUCUAUGCCUCUGCCAAAAAACAAACAGUUGAUGCUAAUGCAGUUUUGGGUGUGAACCCUUCCAGAAGUGUAAUUAUUUUGCCUAUUGAGGGCGUGAUCAUAAUUUAUCAUCAAAGAGCAUGAUAUAUUCAUGGUCUAAUGUAGGAUUAUUUGGUUUUCUGUACAAAAAAGCUCUUAUAACAGGGACUUGUCUCACAAAGAGCUGCGAUAGAUUUCAAAUGAAAUUCAAAGUUAGAUUGGUCUCAACUUGUGUAAUAAAUAUGGAUCAAUAUCGAAUUGAAUUUGAUUUGAAGUGCAGCUCUCUGGAAGACAGAGCCCAGAUGGCCCAUCCGUCAAUAGUUGCAUUUCUUCAGGUUAAUCUCAUCUAUGGAAAGUCAUUGGUGUCAUUAUUCUUCAUGUAAACCCGUACGAUAGCAGAAAGUGUAACAAAAGUCCUUGAAAUCAUUUCUGAGCAUAACAGUGAGAAAAUUUUCCUUUCCAGUAUCACUCUUCUAUAAAUGCCUCUACAAGAUGAGGUAAAUAUGUUUUCUCUUAAAGUAACAGUAAUGGAUGAACAGCAUUGUCUUUGCAAUGGAUGUCAUCAUUAUGUUAAGGCUUGGUCCCACUGCACUAACGGAUGCAGAGAGGAUGUAAAAUGGAAAAGAAUCUUGCCAUCUAUUGGAAAACGUUAUGUAUCCAUUGUGUACACUCUGCAUUUCAUACGCUCCAUAUCCGUCAAGCAUCCGUCCCCUCUGAUUUCAUUGUUCGCCCAUUUUGUCCAUUGUCUGGAGCGAAUGAAAACGGAUGGAGCCACCCUGAAACUUUGCUUGUCCGCUGUAUCCAUUAUGAGUACGUUUUGUGUCCGUCGGCCAGUGGGACCAGGCCUUUAGUCAUACAUGUGAACGAUGUGAAUUUGAAUGAAAAGUACAGCUGACUAUACUUAAGAAAAGUUCGGGCUGUUCAUACAUUACACUAUUGUACUUCAAUAGGCCAUUUAGAUAACCCACUUAUUUUAUUUUCAAUGGGUAUAUGAUACAAUAAUGCCCAGUACACCCAUUAAUAUAAAUCGUAAAGUUUCAGUCCAUUGCAGAAGAGAAUGUGGUCUUAGGGCAUGUUAUAUUUCAUUAUGUACAUUACAUUAGAAAUGUAAUGUCUACCUUCACACUUUAUAACUAAGGAUUUUUUUAUUUUUUUUUAUUUGCAUAGUUGUGUCAUGUGAGUACCAAAUUAAAAAGUGGGUUCAUUUUGAUAAAAUUAUGCAACACUCAUAGAGUGCUUAAUAUGAUUCUAAUCACUGCAUACGGUUACCCCUGCUUAAGCAUGGCUACCCUGCUCCAGCAUUCAAGGAAUUCCUUGCUAUCAGGUACGCAUUUACUAUAACUUGGUAGAGAGUGACAAAUGUAGAUACACGUCCUUGCCAAAGGACGUGAGUGUCACGGCAGGAAUUGAACCAAAGACCUUGUGGUUCAAAGUCCAGAGACCUCUUAGUGACCUAUUAAAGUGAAAAAAUGAAGUGUCUUCGGUAAAGCAUGGAACUUCCCAUUCUCUAAUUACCUUAUUUAUUUAUGCAACUUAACAUUUCAUUUUGUUACGAGUCAUAACACAUACAUUUCUAAAUGUAAAGUAACUUUUUAUACUAGAUGUGCAUUUUCAUAUUGAAAAUUUAUUGUACUAAUUGAAGGUACUCUUUAUCAUGUUAACCAUUUUGUUGUAUUUAAAAAAAAAUUCCUAUACAAAUUAUAAGGCAGUGCUCGCUGAAUUAUUGCAAUAAUAAUGUUUUAUAUAUAUUGUACUUUUCUUUUAUAUGAGAUUUGUUUUAUUACUAAUGCUCCAAAUGUAAAGUUUUUCUUUCUGUGUGUAAAUAAAGCCCUGCCAAGUCUCUCAUUUUACCAGUGAAACUCACUAAAUAUGUGUUCCUAUUAGCAUCUUUAAAAAAAAUCUGAUUUUGGACUUUUCGUGACUUUCACAUUCUAAAAAUGUAAUGCUUUGUCCUUAGAAGCCUUAUUGAGUUUAAGUAUGAAUUUUGAAAUACCUAAUUGCUUUUUAGUAUAUAUGUUUAGGGCAAGCGAGUGCUUAAUAUGUGUAAAUAAAAUAUAUUUGCUACAAUUAUGAGAAUCAUUUGUCGUUUGUUAAUAAAUAGCACGCACUUUAAAAACGUA